UGUGCUGACCGUGUCAAACUCUUGUGUCGUUUCCUUUGCUUCCCAGUCACUUGACAUUUUUAAGACGCAAACUCCAUCAAUACCCAACGCCAAAAUUCUCUCCUUUUAACUUCUACUUUUCUCUCCAUUUUCUUUUUCAUUUUCCACAGAAACAAACAGACAUGACUGGGUUCAAUCCAAAACCAAUAUGGGCUUUUCUGGUGCUAUUAGCAACUUUUGUAAGCAGCGUGUAUGGAAGGUUUAUAGUAGAGAAGAGUAGUAUAACGGUGCUGCAUCCGCUGAGUUUGAGCUCAAAGCAUGACAGUGCUAUAGGAAAUUUUGGUAUACCUGACUAUGGAGGUUCCAUGGUGGCUUCUGUGGUAUAUCCUGGACAAGGGGCAUCAGGCUGUGAACCCUUUGAAGGUGAUAAACCUUUCAAGACUAAGCUUCAUCGUCCUACUAUUCUCCUUCUUGAUCGUGGAGAAUGCUACUUUGCCUUGAAAGCAUGGCAUGCCUUCAUUCUUAGCAGUCAAUGCAAGUCUCAGUGCAUAAAUCACGGCAGAUAUUGCGCACCAGAUCCCGAACAGGAUUUUGGAGAGGGAUUUGAAGGAAAGGAUGUGGUAUUUGAGAACUUGAGGCAGCUUUGCGUGCAUAGAGUUGCCAAUGAGAGCAAUCGCUCGUGGGUUUGGUGGGAUUAUGUCACAGAUUUCCAUAUCCGGUGUUCCAUGAAGGAAAAGAGAUACAGCAAAGAGUGUGCUGAAGAUGUCAUGAAAUCUCUUGAUUUACCUAUUGAGAAAAUCAGAAAGUGCAUGGGUGAUCCUGAAGCUGAUGUGGAGAAUGAAAUCCUGAAAACUGAGCAAGAAGUCCAGGUUGGCAAAGGAAAUCGUGGGGAUGUUACCAUAUUGCCAACAUUGGUCAUCAAUAAUGCUCAAUAUCGAGGAAAAUUGGAGAGAACUGCUGUGCUGAAGGCCGUAUGUGCUGGAUUUAAGGAAACCACCGAGCCUCCAAUUUGUUUAACUGGAGGUUGGGUCCGUCAAUUUUUAUUUCUGGCUGUUCCAGUUACAGAUAGCAAUCAAUGCUGUCAUGUCGUUUAA